AUGGCCGACAAGCAGACAGUUCAACAAAUCCUCGAUACUAUCCCGCUCCGGUAUCGUGGACCAGGCGGUGUAGCUGCAGUCCUUAAGGAUGGCGAAGUGAUCGGGCAGCGCGUCUGGGGUUAUGCCGACGUUGACCAGCGCAUCCCUCUGACGCCUCAAAUUCGGAUGCCAAUCUGUUCAAUCACGAAGCAGUUUGUUUGCGCUCUGCUGAUUGACCUCCAGCGCAACCCGACUCCUGCAAUGCUUGCCAAGGGAAACAUUCAAGCCCAGUUCACAGAGACGUUUCGGGAAUUGGUUCGUCCCGAGUUGAUACAAGAUACCGGGUUGACUCUUCAGAAUUUGUGCGAUAUGCAGUCCGGUCUACGUGAUUACUGGGCCAUGACAGCCCUUUGGGGCACCAAGCCAGAGGACGAGUUUCUGGUAGAGAGGGAUUGUCCGCCAAUGGUGGAUCGUACUAGAUCAUUCCAUUUUAAGCCCGGCACUGAGUAUUCUUAUUGCAACGUCAACUUUUACCUCGUCGCCCGAGUCAUUGAGCAUGUUACUGGUGAGACUCUUGGGAAGCUGCUUGCGGAACGGAUCCUUGGUCCAGCUGGGAUGAAGACUGCAUUCCUCUGCCCCGAUAAUUCUAAACUUCCACCGCCGUGUGUCGGCUACGAGGGGACUGAAGACACUGGAUUUGUGCCAGCCGUGAACCGGAUGGAAUGGUCUGGUGAUGCUGGAUUAACUGCGUCACUCAUUGAUAUGAUUGCGUGGGAGAAGCAUCUGGAUAGCCUGUUCGCUGACUCGGGAAGUUGGUACCAUAAAGUCACACAAGGUACCACUUUUUCUGAUGGCACUCCUGCCGAUUAUCACUAUGGAAUGAGUCGUAUCAACAUUGGCGGCGUUGUUACCUUGGGCCAUGGUGGUGCGCUGCGUGGCUACCGAAUUCACCGACGCCAUGCUUUGCACGAGCGUCUAUCUGUUGUAGUUAUGUUCAAUCACGAUGGAGAGGCAUCCGCCGCUGUCGAAGAUAUCAUGCGAGCUUUUUUGAAUAAGCCCAAACCUGUUUAUGCCCCCGUGGAACCAGACCCCUCUUGGUUUGGCAGCUUCCUUGACCAGGAAACUCAGUUGUCCAUCACAGUGACCAAAGGAUCGAACACAGGAGAGCUAGCGAUCGCCUACGAAAGUGAUCCCGAUACCAUCAAACUGACUGACGCCACCCAUGGUGAGAAUACCAGCAUAAAUGCAAGCAUUGACGGAAAAGUUUUGUACAUGCAUCGCAUUUCGGAGAACAGAAAGCUCGUCGCUCGACGAAUUGUUCCGUGUGAUUCUAGCUUCAAAGACAACUCUAUCCAGGGUGAUUAUAAGUGUGAGGAAGUCAAGUCUGUAUUCCAUUGUGUGGGCGAAGCAGGAAUGCUUUAUGGAUCAUUUGAUGGAUAUCUUGGCCAGGGGACUGCAACUGCCAUGAAAUAUCUUGGGGAUGAUGUUUGGGUGCUUCGCUGCCCCCGAGGCUUGGAUGCCCCAGCCCCAGGUGAUUGGACGAUGGUUUUCCGUCGUGAUGAAAGUGGUGCUAUCGUCGGGUUCAAGAUUGGAUGUUGGCUAGCCAGGGGUAUUGACUUUAUUAAAGUUUGA